CCACUCCCAAACACUUACUCCAGUCUAUAUAGCGCACAUGAUUCACGAGAUGGUGAGAGCCAGCGUGCGUGCAAUUUAGACUCGCCGUCUCUCUACAAUUAUUGGGUGGAAAUUUUGCCCGCACAUUCAUGAAUGCAAUAAAUCUUGAAAUCCCUCCGUUUCUCUAAAAGAACUAAAACUUCGAAGAGGCCUUAAAAGGUUGGGGGAGAAGAAAGGAGGAAAAAGAAAAGCUGGGGAGUGACUGGAAACAUGAGUACUGCCGGGGAGCAGAUUGAGAUACCUAUAGAUCCAGACUGGGUUGUCUCAUUGAAGAACAAUUUGAAGGUAACAGAACAGGAGGAUUGGCGCACCGAACAGCCGACCAUCUUCAGAGUCUUGCCACACUUGCGAGGGAUCGAUCCAAAGGCAUACGAGCCAACGAUCGUCUCGCUCGGCCCAUUCCACCAUCACGAGUCUCACCUGAAAGCCAUGGACCACCUCAAAUGGCACUAUCUCAACAAAUUCCUUGGCCGAAACCCCGAGAAGCCCCUGGAAGACUACCUCAAGUUGAUCAAGGAGAAAGAGCGGCAAGCACGUAUGGCCUACUCAGAAGAAGUGAAGAUGCGCAGCGAUGACUUCGUCCAAAUGAUGUUGCUUGACUGUUGUUUUGUGAUUGAGACCAUAUUGUCAGAGGGAGAAGGACAAGCCACGAUAUGGUCGCUAUCACCAGUGUUGGUGCGUGAUAUGUUGAUUCUGGAAAACCAACUCCCUUUCUGUCUCCUCCAGCCUCUGUUCGACUCUACUUUUCUUCGCCAAUCCCUUGACCUCAGUAGUUUGAUACUUGGUUUCCUCAGCAAGGCCGUAAGCAUCAGGACGGAAAAUCCCUCCGGAAACUUUGCAGAACAAACUUUCUACCUCUAA